AUGGCCUCUUUCGCCUUCACAUCGAAGUUGAUGAAGGUCGAUGCCCAACAAGUAAUGCAACAGGCCGGUGAACCUUACCUCCCCACUCCUCCAGCACCAAAACUUCCGUGGACAGCACUUCCUGCCGACUUUCUGGACUCGAAUAGAGAAAGGCGAUUGUAUCUCCUCAAGAACCCCAGUUACAGCAAGUGUGCGAUGAGUGGAUGGCAAGAUAUUGAGUAUUGGAGGAAUGCGAAGCUGUUGAAGGAGAAGAAGCCCAGUAGCAGGAGGAUGAAGUUUAAGUCAGCGGAUAUAAUCGAGGAUGAGGACAAAUCCGAGGAAGAUGAAGGGGACAAGGGGAAAACAAAAGGUAGGACGGAUCAGGAUCAGGAAGAAGAGGAAGGGGCCAGCAGCAGUGAGGAUUGA